AUGGUGAGGCCUCCCCUGACAAAUUGGGUGAGACUUGGGGACGUUGCUGGUUCUUUGAGAUUGGCCACUGUUGUUGCGAAAGCAAGCAAAGCUACGAUAAAGCUUCCACAGCAACAUGGACAACUUCAAAGAAUCGAGGGAGGUUUUUGGGGGAAGGAGCAGGGGAUAGAGAAAGAGAAGAGGAGAGAGAGAGAGAAGAGGAGGAUUAAGGGUCCGGCUGCAGUAGACGCCGGCAGGGCUCGUGGCCCAAUAGACCUUCUUCACAAGAAGAAGAGGAGAGAAGAAGAUGACGACAUCCCAAUUGAUGCACUUGAUAUUGAUGAAGACGCCGAGCAGCCAAAUGAUGCAGUUGAGCAAAUGGAUUGGCCUCAGCAAGUUAUCUACUGGAAGAGCAUCGCGGCAAUGAACGAAUCAUUACGCCGCGAGAACGAGAAUAAAUUCAAGGGUAUGAUUGCUGCAGACCGUGUAAAGAUAAGUGCUCUUUCUGUGAAGGUGGCUAAGCUGUCUGCUCAAAAUAGAAGACUGAGAGAGGAACUAAGCGAAGCACGAUCCGGAACCCUCUCUGUAUACAAGGAUAAGAGCCCUACAGGAUUGGUGUCCAGCCCAUUGAUGGAGCCGCAAACUUGUACAGGUUAG